CAGUGAUAAAAAAAAAAAUGUGAUUGUGCAAUCACACUUAUUGUACCUAAAAGUUGACACAACUUCACUGUUCUUUACUCUACAUUUGCUUGUGGACAAUGACCUCAUAAAAAGAAUGUAAGGCACAAGUAAAUUUUUGAUUUUCUCAGAUUCUCUGUCCUGGUUUUAAUUAGGAGUCGUUGUGUAUUAAAGGAUGGGAUGAGCGCUGAACGGUCUCAAUGCAGGCUUCACCCGCAUGGAUAAAGAAGUACGAAGAGACAGGGGAACUACAGGAACGACUUCACCUACCUUUGUCCACUCGAUAGCCUUCUCCGGAGUCCUGCUGAGAUCAGUUUUUUUAUAAUAUCCUCUGCUAGAUUUCUUCACUAUGAACACAACGGUGAAUUCCAUGGUGUCAUCCACCUGCCACCCCAACGCCACAAGAUGCUCUGGGACGUCGUGCCUGGUUCCAGCAAGCAACUACAACGAGGUCCUGAGCCUGAUUCUCAGCAUCUUCCUGACCGUCAUGCUGGCCUUGGUCAUGUUCGCCAUGGGCUGCAAUGUGGAGGUCAGAAAGCUGUGGGGGCACAUCAGAAAGCCCUGGGGAAUCGCCAUCGGCUUCCUGUGCCAGUUUGGCAUCAUGCCUUUCACCGCCUUUGCCCUGUCGCUGGCGUUCAACGUGCUGCCCGUCCAGGCAGUGGUCAUCAUCAUCAUGGGCUGUUGCCCUGGGGGCUCCAGUUCAAACAUCAUUGCCUACUGGCUGGACGGAGACAUGGACCUCAGUAUCAGCAUGACAACCUGCUCCUCCAUCCUGGCCCUGGGGAUGAUGCCUCUGUGUCUGCUCAUAUACACAUCUGUCUGGACCUCUGCUGACACCAUCCAGAUCCCCUACCAAAGCAUAGGUAUCACGCUGGUGUCUCUCCUCAUUCCUGUCGCCCUGGGAAUCUUCAUCAAAACCAAGUUUCCCAAUGUAGCCAAGAAGAUCCUCAAGGUGGGUUCCAUCGUGGGCUUGCUCCUCAUCAUCAUCAUUGCAGUGGUUGGUGCCGUGCUGUACCAGUCCUCCUGGACCAUCUCUCCCUCUCUCUGGAUCAUUGGAGCCAUCUACCCGGUUGUGGGGUUCGUCCUGGGCUUCUUCAUGGCCCGCUUUGUGGGACAACCCUGGCACAGGUGUCGUACCAUCGCCCUGGAAACCGGCUUCCAGAACUCACAGCUGUGCAGCACGAUUGUCCAACUGUCAUUCACACCCGAAGAGCUGGAGGUCAUGUUCGCCUUCCCACUCAUCUAUAGCAUCUUCCAACUGGUGGUGGCCGUAAUGUUUGUAGGAGGUUAUCAGAUGUAUAAGAGGAUGUGUAGACGGAGUUCAUCAAAGUCAGACCGCCAGGAAGCAGAGGGGGACGCAGAGACACCUCCUUCCAAGGACAAGCAGCAGAAUGCUCUGGAAAAUGGUGGCUUUGAAUGUGACGAGAACGGCAACACUGGACAAAAAAGCCAUAUCACCCAGAUGUGAGCAUGAGCAGGCCACAGGACUCUUGGACAGUUAACAGUAUGCAGCGUCUCGGGAUCAAUAGCUACAGACCUCCCUGUCAACCAUGCCAUCAACAAACACUGCCCUCUACAGGCUGGAGGUGUGCAAUACCAGGCUAGCCAACUGUCAACGUGGGACAAGUGUCCAUUAAUAUUUACCUCAUGUAAAAGCACAUACUGUUCAGCAGUAGGAAACUAUGUUAUGUCAUUGAAAAACAAGCAGGGACCUGAUGGAGGCCUGGGUUGCUGUGUGACAGUGACUACGCUGAGGGAUUGUGAGUCUUGUUAAGAGGUCAGGGUGUCAUCCUCUUUAGCCCCACAAAAGACACACAAGAUAACACCGUUCACCAUGAAAAGGUUUCUGAUUGGUCACUCCAAUCAGACCUACAAUAAUGUUUAAAACAUUUGUAAGCAGUUAGGCAUGAGGGGGUGUGUUAUAUGGCCAAUAUACCACAGCUAAGAGCAGUUCAUUAGCGCAAUAAAACAAGAGCUUAAUCGUGGUAUAUUGGCGAGACGCCUUGUUGCGAUUAGAAACAGGUUGCCGACACAAUAAUAGCAAGUUAAAGUAAUUUGAUGUUAUACUCAAGAUUUACAGUCUCAGGCAAUCAGGAUUCGAACCCCCCCAGUUUAUAGUUCUUUAGUGUCAACUAAUUUAUUACCCAUCUUGAAGUUCAAAAUGGAAACUUUGUAUUCAAUCUACCUGGACCCUCCAGGAUAUUUUCAGAAUGCUUCAUUAUUUUAUUUUAUUAUUGGUGUUUAAAAGCUCCAAAAGGACUCAUAAUACCAUGUAGGCAAUUCUUGACACACAGAAAUGUUGUGUUUCUUCAGUGUUUUAAUGAAUGAAUGUAUCGAUGUAAUAAUAGUUUUGUAAGCUUAUAGAGCAUGUGUAACUAUGAACAGAGAUCAAUAUCCUUAUGUAUCAGUGAAGAACUCCACAAAGUAUGAUGUACUUUAAUAUUUGGUUGAAUCAAUUAUGGUAGGCUUCUAACAUAUUGUUUUUCUUGAAUUGCCAUAAAUGUCAAUAAAGGUUAACGUUGUUUUUUUCUAAA